UAUCAAUCGAUUUUAGGGUGGAUCAUUUAUUAUGUUUUUAUUUAGGAAGAAAUUAAAUGAGGGACUUAAUUAAUAUAUGUGAAAAUGGGGACUCAAAAACCAGGAGAAUGGGCGAACACCCUCAUUGUAAGAUUCGAAGAACAAUUACCAUAUAAAACUGGUGCUCAAAAUCUCCACUCUCGCAUAAAUGAGGAGCAGUGCAAGGCUUGUUUGGUGCAGAUCAGCCGACACAGGUUUUCCCUUGUUAUAUCUGGCCUCACAAAAAUACUUCAGAGAGUUAAUGAGCUGUACCAACCCACCCUAGCCACAUGUGUUACUCGGCCUCUAACAGAAAUAGAAAAGGGUUAUCAUGACAGCUUGGUCAUAGUUCUAGACACAUUAGAAAUAUGCCUCAGUUCACAACCCAAAGAUACAGCCAAGUACGAGGAGGCAAUGAAUGUUAAGAUAUUAUUGAGGGAAGUCUGUCAGUUUAUAGAUAUAAAAAAUGAGGCAAACAUCCACAAUACACUAUUACGUCAACUGGCCAGCAAAGUAUUAUUUGCAUUAAGUUUGAAUUUCUUUAAUGCGGUCUUUAAUAGAAUCAGUGCAAGAUUACAGGAACUUGCAACUAGCUCAGAUGAAAACCCCGACUAUAUAGAUAUAGAACUGAUACAACACAUUAAUAUUGAUAUAUUGAGGCUUAUACGGCUUUUUACAGAAUGUAUUCAGAAGUUUAAAUUAUUAAGAAAAUACACGCCGACAGUUUUGGUUAUGUCGCUUGAGAAAGCAGUCUGGAAUUGGAUGGAUACAUAUCCUCAAGAAUUUCUUCACGUACAAUCACGGCCUAACGAAGAGUUAAGUAGAUGUUGCGAUACGCUAUUUGAUAUAUUGCAAGAUAGUUAUUCGGAAAAUAAGAAGACCCGUGCUGCUAUGUGGCCUCUCCAGAUUAUGUUGCUGAUUUUGAACCCUAAAGUUUUGGAGGAAAUAGUCAAUGCGGAUAGUGGCGCCCCCUGCAGCCCACGGCAUUCCAAGAAGAAACACUUUAUCGAUGCUGUCAAGCGGGGAUUGAGUCCACAGAACAACUCGAAACAGAUGACGGAAGCAGCCGUUCUCACUUGUGUAAAACUUUGCAAGGCUUCAACCUACAUCAAUAUAUCGGACUCUGGGAAUGUCACUUUUGUACUUGUCAAAUCUGUCAUUAAUGACCUGAAGACACUUCUGUUCAAUCCAUCGAAAGCCUUCUUCCGAAGCAAUUACAACGCGAGUUAUUCGGAUUUGGACCUUAUGACGGAUUGCUUUGUCUCGCUGUUCCGAAUAAUGCCGCAUACAAAUGACGCAAUGAAAGUAUGCCUAAAUUUGAACAGCAAUAGUUUCUAUCAUUCGGUCAUCGUCAACUCGCUGUUGAGGAUAAUAAACCAGCCACGCCUACCAUGGUGGCCCCAAAUAGAGUUGCUAUAUCCUCGCGCUGCGGAGUUGCGUGCAAUGUUCACAGAUACCUUGAAUAAGGCUACACAGGGAUAUAUAGCACAUACUCCAUUACGUAUGAUAUCGCUGUCAUUGAAGCCGAAGGAGAGUAAAAUAGAAGAAAUACCAAUGUACAAAACAUUGCUAUUGUAUUUGGUAAAACUGAUACAUGCAGAUCCAAUGCUGAUGCUGAGUAACCCAGGACGUUCAGGUGUAGAGAUCCAGUCAGCGACGACUGAGCUCAUAAAUGGUUUAGUAUCAUUAGUACAUCAUACCGACAUGGGGGAAAUAUCACAGGAAGCGAUGGACGCGUUGCUGUCACUACAUAAACCUGAUAUGGUACAGAUGUGGAACCCUGAAGCACCCCUCAAUACUUUUUGGGAUAUAAGCUCUCAAGUAGUCUACAGUAUUAGUCAAAAGCUCAUACAACGUCAAAUAAGCAAUUACAGAGAAGUGUUGCGUUGGUUACGGGACGUACUCAUCUGCAGAAACGAGUUUUUAUCCAAGCACAAGGAGUACGCCAAUGUUGGAUCUCAGAUUCCGAUUUGCAAACAGGCGCAUAUUAAGUUAGAGGUUGUAUUUCUCAUGUGUCUCUGGUCCAUCGAUACGGAAGCUGUUCUAGUUGCAAUGUCCUGUUUCGCCCUGCUCUGUCGUGAAGCGGAUAUAAGAUGUGGCGCAGAUGACUUGUCCACGCACUGUCUGUUGCCCAAUUACACAGUCUUCCAGGAGAUAGCUCAGACCUCUACGGUUUUGACAACAUGUACAGCCGCUCUUCAGAAGAGGAUAAUGGCUUUGCUAAGGAAAAUUGAACACUGCGUGAACGGUAUACAACCCGUUUGGGAGGAAACGUUUCGAUGUUGGGAUUCCCUGUGCAAGUUACUCCAGAAGUAUCCCAAAGGGUUCGGGAUGAUGGAGGAUGGUACCGAACCACUCCAUAGAGCCAAGAGGCGUGUUUCACAUCAUACGAGCGCAGAACAUGACUUUGAGAUGCAAAUACAGGAGUGGGCAAAUAUAACGUCAUUUUUGUGCGCGUUGGGUGGCGUGUGCUUACAACGAAAACCUACUACUGUAUGGGCACUUGGUCAUGAUUCAAGAAAAUAUCAUGUAUUAGCAAAUAGUACGCAGGAAGUUCAAUACUGUCCUGUUACUCAAUUUAUCGGCCAACUUCUUCGUCUCUUGCUGUGUAAUAACGAACGCUUUGCGGCUCAUAUACAAUGCCAUGUGAAAGAGCUGGUUGGAAAGGAAAUGUCUCCAGCCCUCUAUCCCAUACUGUUUGAUCAAAUUAAGGCAAUUGUUGAUAAGUUUUUCGAUCAACAGCAACAAGUGGUUUUAACAGAAAUGAACACCCAGUUUGUGGAGCAUACGAUAUUUAUAAUGAAGAGUAUUCUCGAUAAUAAUAAUAGUAACAAGGGGGUGGGACAGCCUGAGCAUCUCAGUAGUACGUCUAUUGAGGGAUUGAUGCUGGCGAUUGUAAGGUAUGUCCGUCACUUGGACAUGACAGUCCUCUCGGUGCAUAUAAAGACGAAGUUGUGCCAAGUUGUGGAAGCCAUGAUGAGGAGACGAGAUGACUUAUCAUUUAGACAGGAAAUGAAAUUUCGCAACAAAAUGGUGGAGUAUGUGACUGAUUGGGUUUUGGGAACUAGCCAUCAGAUUGCACCGCCUUUGAGGGCUGAUGCUUCAUCUAUUACAAGGCAUGUGAUGUGUCCCAGAGAGCUGGACCAGGCCUGUAUGGAGGCUGUGGCAGCCUUGCUCAAAGGCCUGCCUCUGCAGCCCGAGGAAUCCGAUAGAGGGGACCUCAUGGAGGCCAAAAGUCAGCUGUUUCUUAAAUAUUUCACCCUAUUUAUGAACCUACUAAACGACUGCAAUGAAGUGGAGAUAACGGAGGGUCCCGGUCGACUAGACACGUUAAGAAAAGCGACGAUUCAAGCAAUGUCCAAUUUACUCAGCGCUAAUAUUGAUUCGGGGUUGAUGCAUAGUAUUGAUCUUGGCUACCAUCGUGACUUGCAGACACGAGCAGCCUUCAUGGAAGUACUUACCAAGAUACUUCAGCAGGGCACGGAGUUCGAUACACUGGCGGAAACAGUAUUGGCUGAUAGAUUUGAACAGUUGGUGCAGCUCGUCACUAUGAUAUCAGAUAAGGGUGAACUACCAAUAGCCAUGGCGCUGGCCAGUGUCGUCAGUACGUCGCAAAUGGAUGAAUUAGCUAGGGUGUUCGUCACUUUGUUUGACGCUAAACACCUCCUCGCGCCUUUGCUGUGGAAUAUAUUCUAUCGGGAAGUUGAAGUAUCGGAUUGUAUGCAAACCCUCUUCCGCGGAAACUCUCUUGGCAGCAAAAUUAUGGCGUAUUGCUUUAAGAUAUACGGACAUACGUACUUGCAGAAUUUAUUGGAGCCUAUCAUUAAUUCAUUGUUGGAACAGCCCGAGUUGUGUUUUGAAGUGGACCCAGCUAGAUUGGACCCAAGCGAAGAUAUAGACGUAAAUCGAGCCAAUUUAAUAGAGUUGACUAAAGAGGUUUUUGAACGAAUCGUGAAUUGUGCAGAUAUGUUUCCGCCACAGCUUAGGAGUAUGUGUCACUGUUUGUACCAGGUUCUGAACAAGCGAUUCUCACAAUUCCCCCACACUAGUGUCGGUGCCGUCGGUACUGUGCUGUUCCUGAGAUUUAUUAACCCCGCAAUUGUAUCACCCCAAGAAAUGGGCAUAGUCCAUCGGCCCAUACCUCCGCAAAUCAAGCGUGGCCUAAUGCUAAUGUCCAAAAUACUGCAGAAUAUUGCCAAUCACGUGGAAUUCUCAAAGGAACAACAUAUGCUGCCAUUUAACGAUUUCCUAAGAGCACACUUUGAGAUGGGACGCAAAUUUUUCAUACAAAUAGCCUCCGACUGUGAGAGCGUAGAGCAAGCGGCUCAUAGUUUAUCGUUUAUAAGUGACGCGAAUGUGUUGGCGUUACAUAGGUUAUUGUGGAACCACCAAGAGAGAAUUGGAGAUUAUUUGUCCAGUAGCAGAGAUCAUAAAGCGGUUGGACGGCGGCCGUUUGAUAAGAUGGCGACACUGCUUGCUUAUUUGGGUCCGCCGGAACAUAAACCUGUUGAGUCCACAUCAAGUCUUCUUUUCUCUUCCUACGCCCGCUGGUCUUCCAUAGAUAUGUCUUCAACCAACUUCGAAGAGUUCAUUGUGAAACAUAACAUGCACCAAAAGGAAGAGUUCAAAAGUAUCAAAAGUUUGAACAUCUUCUACCAAGCCGGCACCAGCAAAUUGGGCAAUCCAGUCUUCUAUUUUAUUUCUAGAAGAUACAAGAUCGGAGAAGUGAACGCGGAUCUUCUGAUCUACCACGUGAUUUUGACCCUGAAACCGUUCUGCCAACAACCCUUCGAGCUGAUCAUCGACUUCACUCACACCAACUCCGAUAACAGGUUCAGAACGGAUUUCCUCCAAAAGUGGUUUACAGUGCUCCCAGAAGUAGCCUACACGAAUAUACAGGCGUGCUAUAUAUACAACUGCAACAGCUGGGUUCGAGAGUAUACCAAGUUCCAUGAAACUAUCUUGGCGCCGCUAAGGGGAAACCGAAAACUGAUAUUCAUAGACAACCAUGCUCGUUUAUGCGACUAUAUUGACUCGGAACAGCAAAAACUUCCCGGAGCGACUUUGGCCCUUGAAGAGGACCUCAAAGUGUUUAAUAAUGCCCUCAAGCUGUCACAUAAGGACACUAAAGUCGCUAUUAAGGUGGGUCCCACAGCGUUGCAAAUAACAUCUGUGGAGAAGACCAAGGUGUUGGGAUUUCCAGUGUUAUUGAAUGAUGUUUACUAUGCGUCGGAAAUUGAUGAGGUAUGCCUGGUGGAUGAUAACCAAUUCUCGUUAUCAAUAGUAAACGAAGCCACUCCACUCAGCUUCAUACACAACGAUUGUGAUAAUAUCGUACAGUCCAUCAUUCAUAUACGGAAUAGAUGGGAGCUUAGUCAACCGCAAGAUUCGGUGACAGUACAUCAGAAAAUACGGCCCAAAGAUGUGCCUGGGACCUUAUUAAAUAUGGCCCUAUUGAACUUAGGUUCCUGUGAUCCGAACCUACGCACCGCUGCCUACAAUCAGCUGUGUGCGUUGACCGCAACAUUUCAUCUUAAAAUCGAGGGACAGCUGUUGGAGACAUCAGGUUUAUGUAUACCAUCAAAUAACACAAUCUUUAUUAAGUCUGUGAGUGAGAAAUUAGCACAUAAUGAACCUCAUUUGACGCUGGAGUUUCUAGAAGAGUGUAUUCAGGGAUUCCGUGGAUCGACAAUAGAAUUAAAGCAUUUAUGUCUUGAGUAUAUGACCCCGUGGCUUGCCAACUUGGUCAAAUUUUGCAAACCCACUGAAGAGUCGAGACGUCAGAAGCAAGUGGCUCAAAUUUUGGAAAAAUUAAUAGAGUUAACGAUAGAGGAAACUGAAAUGUAUCCAUCGGUUCAGGCGAAAAUUUGGGGCUCGAUUGGACAUGUGCCAGAACUUAUAGAUAUGGUCCUUGAUAGCUUUAUACAGAGGAGUGUGGACUCAGGUCUUGGGUCGCCCAUGAUAGAGAUAAUGGCCGACACAGCUGUCGCGUUGGCCUCCGCCAAUGUUCAGCUCGUCUCGAAGAAAGUUAUUGGGCGAAUGUGUAGGGUUGUGGACAAAACCUGUCAUUCGCCGACUGCAAUGUUGGAACAGCACAUGAUGUGGGACGAUAUUGCAAUCCUCGCGAGGUAUUUGUUGAUGCUCUCCUUCAACAACUGCCUGGACGUAGCUCGUCACUUGCCUUAUUUGUUCCACACGGUGACAUUCCUGGUGUGUUCUGGGACCGUGUCGAUGCGAGCUGCCACUCAUGGACUUGUCAUCAAUAUUAUACAUUCUCUAUGCACCUGUCAGUCUCCUACAUUUUCAGAGGAGACCCAACGUUUGCUGAUGCUGUCUCUGGACGAGUUCGCUCUUCCGAAGUUCUAUCAAAUGUUCGGAAUAUCAAAAGUGAAAUCCGCCGCCGUCACCGCUUUCAGGAGCCCAUAUCAUCGUCACACCGGUGAUUGGUAUUCCGAACACUCAUACGGCUGUAGCCAAUCUUCAUGCAUCAUGGGUCCAAUCAUGGUGACAUCGGUGACUGACAGAGAGAGAUUACCACUCCAGUCUUUGGAAACUAUCACCGAUGCCUUACUCGAGAUAAUGGAGGCUUGUAUGCGAGAUAUACCUGGCUGCGAUUGGUUGAAAACUUGGACCUCCUUGGCGAGAAGUUUUGCGUUCUGCUUCAAUCCAGCAUUACAACCAAGGGCACUCAUAGUUUUCGGCUGUAUAAGUAAACACGUAACGGAUGACGACAUGAAGCAACUUUUGCGUAUUCUGGUAAAAGCUUUGGAGUCGUUCAACGAUAUGGCGCUUUUGGAGGCAAUUAUCAUGUGCCUGACUAGACUACAACCGCUGUUGGAUUCGGAAUCCCCCAUCCACAAAGCUCUCUUCUGGGUUUCCGUGUCGGUUCUACAAUUGGAUGAGCCGACUUUGUACGCAGCAGGACUGUCCCUACUCGAGCAGAAUUUGCAUACAUUGGACUCGCAGGGUCAUUUCGAGAUUAAAACGCUACAACAAGUGAUGAUGGAGACGCGAGAGCCCCUCGAAUGGCAUUUCAAACAAUUGGACCAUGCCGUGGGAUUGAGUUUCCGAUCCAAUUUCCAUUUCGCCCUCGUGGGUCACCUGGUGAAGGGCUACCGUCAUCCCGCACCAGCCACUGUAUCCCGUACCGCCAGGGUUCUGUGUGCUUUGCUGGCGUUGGCUGCGAAACCGGACAGGGAUAAGUUCAAGGCUACGCAGCAUACUGUGGCAUAUCUCACAGCUCUGGUCUGUGUAAGCGAAGAGGUCCGAUCUCGAUGUCCAGUGAAGCACUCGUUACCACAAUGGCUGCCUGAAAACUGCGACCAUUAUUGCCCGGCUGCUGAUCACUUGCAGUCGUCGAUGUUGAUACAAGGCCGGGGUUCGUCGUCUUCCAGCCACAGCCGACGUCAGAAAUCCUGGGAUAUGUUGGAACAAACGACUGCUUAUGGCGGUAAAUCACCAACAGUGCCCUCAUCUAGUAAUGGUGGCCAAAGUCCACAUCCAUCAAAUAUUUCGCAUCAGGAUAGCGAAGGUCGAGCGCAUAGUGUUCAACACGGAGCUGCAGGCGAUGCGGCCAGAGAGAGCACGGAUGAUACACCAGACGUGGAUGAAGAUGGGCGUGAAUCUCAAGGUAGCUUGGAUGGAUCUGAACGACCAUCAUCUACCAAAUCUGGAGACAGUUUUCCCACUGAUGAUAAGCAAUCGUCUACAGAAAAGAACGGAACAGAGUACAACAGUCUUCUGGACCCUUCUGUGCUGUCAGACUUCACUACGCAAGCGUUGGUUCUGACAGUUCUCGCUACAUUAGUUAAAUAUACGUCAGAGGAAGAUGAGAUUAGAAUCCUCUACCAAUACUUGGCUGAAGGCUCCAUUGUGUUUCCAAAAGUGUUUCCUGUCAUUCAUAGCCUGUUGGAUAUGAAGAUCAAUCAUGUUCUUAUGCACUGCAGUGACCAAGUCAUAUUGAGCGCAGUACAAUGUAUCAUUCAGAACAUGAUAGCGUCUGAAGACGCGAGUCAGCAACAGUUGCAUUAUAUGCAGAGUUGUGGAUUUGGUGGUCUUUGGAGAUUUGCUGGGCCUUUUACUAAGAACCAAUGCACAGCGGAAAGUAGCGAGCUAUUCGUGAACUGCUUAGAGGCGAUGGUUGAGACUUGUCUUCCGGGAGAUGAACCCCGCGUCAGGACACCGCCGCCUGACCCUGACCGAGCCGAUACCGAAAGAUGUUUACACGGUGGACUUCGUCCUUCGACCAUCUACUGUCCAGGUCAGGAACCCUAACAUUCACAAAAUGAGGACACGACUCCUAAAUGGCCCGAACGAAAGCAUCGCAGAGCUCCGUACAAAAUAAUAUUCAAUAGACUUUAUUAUUUCCUACCUAAGUUUCGGUUUAGACGGUAACAUUGACAUUAGGUCAGCACGAUUGUGCUGUUUCUUAUGAUAUUUAAGACAUCUCUAUAGGAAAAUGCAGUAAUAUCCCCCAUAUAGGCCUAGACCGCGUUAUAGAAAAACCGUUUUUUUUAUUAUUAGGAACUCUAAUUUAAUUUAUUUAUACUCUGAUUUUUAAUUCCGUAGAAUUCUGACGGCUAUCAUUUUUUGACGUGUCAGAGAUUACAAACCUUUUUGGCCGGGCACAUUUUUCAAUUUUAAUACGAGUGCACAUUUAUUUACAUUUCAAAUAAUUAAAUAUUAUACGUACAUGUGUACGUAUAUGUACGUGGAUGUUGUUAAGCAAUAUUUAGAGAGUACAAUUUAUUCUGAGACUAAACAAGUGACAUCUCGUACCUAAUUAGGAACUAAAUAUAGGUUGAGUUCCAAAAUAAAUAUAUAAAUGUCUUUACGUAUAUUAAUUAUUUUGUAUUUGUAUUUUGGACUAUAUCGUACAAACUAUGUUAUGGAUUAAGAUUCCACCGCUCGAUUAAUCUAAAAUGUAUGUUGAUAGCGAAAUGCCUAUAGAAAAUAAGCCGCAAUUAAUUUCAUACAUUGUUGUGUAAAUUGCUUUACAUUGAUACAUAUAUAUUAUCAAUAUAUAUAUGUGCCCGAGGUUUCACUCCUCUGUAUCCAUACAAAAUAGUAAUAAUUCAAUGAAAAUGAUUCACUUUUAUUCAUAAAGUACGCAAACCAAUGAAAUGAUAUUGUCUCGUUGAAGUAUUGUCCAUAACCUGACUUUACAGACAACCAUUUUUUGAAGUGAAGCUGCUUUUGCGCCUGGGGUAAAAUUUUUACUGAUGAAACGUCACAAAGAUG